AUGCUAGCUAUCAGACGCCAGCCACGACUGUCAGCUACCAGACGCCAGCCACUGGCAGCCAUCACCACCAGCUACCACGCUAGAACCAGACGCCAGCAACCACUACAGCUACCAGAUGCUACCACCAACCGCAGCUACCAGCCGCCAGCCACCAAUCGCCAGCACAGAACCAGACUGCCAGCUACCAAUCAGCAAUCGCCAGCUACAAGCACCAGCUGGCCACCAACCGCCAGCUACCAGCCGCCAGCCACCACUGCCAGCUACCGGUCACCAGCCACAACUGCCAGCUACAAGACGCCAGCCACCACUGCCAGCUACCAGACGUCAGCCACUAAUCACCAGCUACCAGACUCCACCCACCAACUGCCAGCUACCAGCCGCCACCCACCAACUGCCAGCUGCCAGUUGCCAUCCACCAACAGCUGCCAGUCGCUACCCACCAACUGCCAGUCACCAGCCCCCACCCACCAACUGCCAGCUGCCACCCACCAACUAACAGCUGCUAGUCGCCACCCACCAACUGCCAGCUACCUGCCCCCACCAACCAACUGGUAG